AUGACUUUAGCCAAACAUCGCCGUUCUGGCGAAGGCGACAACGAGGAGACGACUGCCCACAGGCGAAAGAGCCCUAGAAUUCAAGAGACCCUCAACAAACAACACCCAGAACACACGCCAAGAGCGAAAUCCAAGCCAUUAUGCGGAAGGCCACGGCCGCAAGAGAUACAAGGCGUGAAGAGACAGCGAACCGCAAGAGGAGGGAGACAGGCCAGCUCCACGCAGAAUGCAGAGCGUCGCACUAAUGUGAACACCAAAAGGGCGUCUCGGGAUGCUGGUACUUCCGGAUGGAUUCACAAAAGCUUUAGUGCUGAGCCGUAUGAUGGGAAUUAUGAUCCGUAUCAAGAUGAUCCGCUGUAUUAUAAAGAGCAGCCGGAUUAUCGGCCGAUUCAUCGGGUUAGGCGUGCUUUAGGGGAUCCACCGCGAUGGCCUAGACUUGCCGAAAUCCCUUCAACUGAAAGUCCUCCGUACUUCGCAUUACUACGCCAAUGGCUCCAGGAGUGUGACAAAUAUCAUGAAGAGCGGAGUUUUCUUGGACCCGAUGGCUGGGAAAUAUUUCCAAGUCGAAGCCAAUGCAAACCCCGUACACGAUUCUGGCCGACAAGAGUCAUCUUUGUCGGUGAUUCAGACUCCCCAAUGUUGGAACUCUGGGAGACAAAGUUAAAACAAGAAAGCCUGCUCCAAGGAGGUAGCUAUAUUGCGCUAUCCCAUUGUUGGGGUCGUCAAAGCAGUGAAGAAAAGAAGCAGUUCUGCACAACCUCAGAAAAUUACAGUCAACGAUUGAAAGAAUUCACCAUACAUGAAUCGCUGAAGACGUUCCACGACGCUGUUAAAGUCACGCGAGCACUUGGGAUCCAGUAUCUUUGGAUCGACGCUCUCUGUAUAGCUCAACCUCUUCAGGGGGGAAACGUGAGCGACUGGGAUACUGAAGCUAAGCUCAUGGAACUGGUCUAUGGCUCAGCUUAUUGCACUAUUGCUGCUACUUCGGCGGAGAACUGGAAAGAGGGUUUUCUUAGGCGGCCGAAAAUGCCUCGUUACAGCUACGGAAGAAGGAGAGACAUCGAUAACCGCGAUUACGGCAGGAGCACUAAGAGGGAUUUCAUUGAGAAAGUGAUCGACGGCCCACUAAAUCAGAGAGCUUGGGUAUUACAAGAACUUGUGCUGUCCCGUCGAGUCAUCCACUUUACUAAAACUGGCAUAUAUUGGAGUUGUGGCCGAGGCGCAGCCUGUGAAAACGCUGGGGUAAUUGCGGAACCAGGGCGGGGUGACAGCUUCAUUUUUGACCCAGACUUUCCAAAAUCUCUGAUAAACUGGGGCUACCGUUUCAUCUUGCAAGCUAUUAAAAUGCUCUUCGAAAUGUAUGCAGGACGUCGUCUCACCUACAAUUCAGAUAGGCAGAUUGCGAUUUCUAGCUUAGUGAAGCGUAUGGAAAGUGUCUUAGACACUAAAUGUCGACACGGCAUCUUCGAAUCCUACCUUCACCGGCUCCUUCUAUGGCAACACUUCGACAAAACCGACAAAAAGGAAACGAAUUACAAAGAUCAGGGCUUGCCGUCGUGGUCUUGGAUGACAUAUUCUCGCGUUAGUUUCCCCCCGCCAGACCUCUACUUGAAACUUGUAAGCCGUGCGGACCUGCAAAUUGACCCUAAACGGCAAAAUAUAUUGCUUGUCCAAAUCAGAGAGUUUCAGAGCUGUAGAAUGGCACGACAGGGGAGUCAACGUCUCAUUCUAGACGCAGGCUCAAAGGAGGUAGGGUUUUUAUCGUUCGAUAUGGAUAUCAACGAACAUUUUUGUUAUUGUGUUGUUAUUGGAAUAAAAGUCGACAAAGCGGAAGAUGCUGAGAAGACUUACUACAUUUUACUUGUGAAGGAAACACUCUUAGAGGACCAGUACGAAAGAGUUGGAAUUGGGAUGAUUAAGUCACGCUGCGUAUCUCAAAAGUUUUACAAAGGGGAGCUUCUCUGA